AUGAUGAAUAGUUGUAAUAAUUAUGACAACAAGCACAUCGAUUGUGAUGAGCAAUACAGUGGAGUUACAACGAAAAGAACAAAUGUUAAUGAUGGUCGCGAGUAUCAAAGAGGAAAGGAAAAAGGUGAAAGAGAAAUACAAGAAGAUGAUGUGAAGAGAAAAUUAUCGAUCGACGAACAAGAGAAAGAAAGAGAGCGACAAAUACAAAAACGUAUCGGUUUAGUUACAUCGUUUCAAAGCGAACAGUACAGCUGUCCGAUCGUCAACAAUUCAAUGACGAAUCUGGCCUCCACGUCCUUCAAUAGUAACAUCUCGCCUGCAGCUAAUCGCUCAAGACAUUCGCUGUACGCAUCGUAUCCAACAUAUGCCAUGAAUUCAAAUUAUCAAGAUUACGAACCAGUGUACUCACCGAUUCCUCGCACAGCAUCAUCGUUAUCACCUUACCGUAAGACACAUUACUUAGAUGAAUCCGAUGAAGAAAUUCUCAAUGAUGAAAUUGUCCAAAUCACCUAUCUUGAUCAUUAUCCAACGCUAAUCGAACGUUGGGGUGAGGAUACCAAAACCGUUGUUCGACAGGAUGGUGACUUGAAAAUCGAAGAUUAUGUUGAAUUCGAAGAGCUCGAUCCGACCAUCACCGAAGAAAUCUCUUAUGAAAUUAUUUAUUCAGGUGAUCGAAUUCAGUCGACCAGAGAAACACACCAUACGCGUGUCGAAUCUCGAAAUUUUCGUAAAAUUAAAAAACGACGAACGAAACGGAAACGAAUCGCAACGCCGAAUUUUCAUUCGAUCAUUCAAACUGGUGAUACUUUUAGUAAGUUAAACAAUGAUUUACCCGGUGAUAAUCAUCAAUUCUCAGCACGAAAUUAUCUCGCUGACAAAUACAUUCCGUCAACUACCAGUGAUGAUCAAUGUCCUAAUUUCGAUAUAAUCGCUGAAGAUAUCUCAAAGGAACGCCUUUCGCCAAAGUUCGUUGACCAUCAAAACACAGAUUUAUGUGAUAAAACAAGCUCAGAAUCUUGCGAUAACGUCGACAACGAAACAGACCACCCUCAUCGAUCAUAUUUCAAUGUCGAAAAACAAACUCGUGUUCUCCAGAAUAAUCAUGAAAUGAUCUCAAUAGCACCACCAUCGAUCAAUCAAUUCAAUAAAGAUCAAAGCAAUUUGUUGGCAAGUGACUGCUUACCGACAGUUCCGAAUCAUCAAAUUCAAUUCUUCAAACUCAAUGAGAACCAACCAACUGAAGAGAAGUUGAACGGUGCAUGUGUGCGAAUCGAUAACGAAACAAAUUUGCUUAGCAAGAGCUCGCAAUCGGAAGUAAAUGAAGCAAUGACAACUAGUUCUCUACCAUUAACUGGAAUGAAAAUCAAUCGUCAGUCUAUUACAAAGGAACAAGAGAGAACAAAUUCAAUUACCAGUUCGCCCGAAGUUGUUGAAAAACAAACAACAAAUAUUUUCGAACGAUCAAUGACAAAGAUACCUUUGGAACAACAACAAUUAGACUUCAAUGAAAAUGAGCCAACCAUUACUUGUUCGACGCUAGAACUUGGAAAAACAGAACUCAAUAUCAACCAACAAUCAUUGACAUCAACUGGGACUAGUCUUGGUGAUGACAAUGUAGAACUAUUACUGAACUUUCUUCUCAAUACAAGCCAACCAGACAGAACGACAAGAUUCAAUACAGAUCCAUCGGCAAUCAUUCAUUUUCUAACGGAAAACCAUCCUAGAUCAUCAUUUUCAAGAAACACCACUUACAAAGAUUCAAUGGAGUCCAACAACACGAUUGUGCCAACUGAACAGACUGCCGAUACUGCACAUACCAUGAUUGAAGAUAUAAAUCAUACCUCAGGUUCUCUUACUAAACUGUCACCCGAACUCUUCACAUUGCCUACUCUAUCCACUUCACAAAUUGAUAAAUCCGCGCCAUCGCCGGUCAAUACCAAUGCAGAACCUUCCAUUCUCAAUGAGCUUCUCAAGGAAUCCAAAUUAGAAUCAAUUCCACUUGCGCCCGAAUUAAGUAUACUCUCGAAUAUGGUUCAGCACGGCAUAGAAACAUCUUCGGCAGUCUUGACAGAAAGUUCAAUCAAUGCUUUUCCGUCAAAUUUACUCCAGAGUCAAUACUUACCUUUCGAUGAUAUACAAGUUGUGGAAGAGGAAGAUUUUUCUAAUCUAACAAAAGUCUAUUUUGAAUUACAAGAACAACGUCGUCUUCAGACAUUAGAUAAUAACAUCGAGCUCACAGUAAAACAAUCUGAUGCCGACGUUCCUACCGAAUUUUGCAAACUAGAAUCGUUUUCAAUUGUUUCAAACUUACCUUUCAAAGAAUAUCAUCAAGUAUUCGGUAUUUCUAAUAUAAUUGAUAAUACUGCGGAUCAGAUAUGUUACAUCACUCUUUCAGAUGAGUCCGAAGAUGAACAGGUGAAAUCUACGAACAAACCAUCACAAAUUGAAGAACAAUCUCAAUCGAUAUACAUCGAAGAAGCAUCACCAUCCGAUACAAAUGAAUCAAAUGAACUACAAUGUCAAUCAAAAGAUCCAUAUACCGAAGAUGAAACGUGCGAGCUUGAUCCAGACUCGGUUAUUACAGAUCUUCAAUUAUAUUUUCUUGAAACAAUCGAAGAAGAAGAUGAACCUUUGUCAUCAAGUGAAAAUUCUCAUGUGACGGUAAUCAACAUCAGUACAGAUUCGAAUGCUACGUGUGAUUCACUUCCAACACAAUUAUCGACAAUCACUCUUGAAAAACUACCUGAAACAGAAACACGGUCAUCAUCUGUUACCACAGUAGAUGAUAUCUCGGCAAAUACAUCAGAUUUAACUCUAUCAGAUGAAAGAACUCUUGGUUCGGAACAUUCCUGUCACUUUGCUGGCAAACAAAUACAAGAUAUCGAUCAAGAACAACAACCAUUCAUGCCCUCGGAUCCUUCUUGGCCUUCUACAACAAUACCCCACACUACUUUCCAUAGAAAACCAUCAACCGAUACGUCAGAAAAACCAUACAGCCAGCAAACUCAAACAUUAAAUGAUGAUUAUCCGUGGUAUCCGAGUCAUUACAAUAUCGUCGAUGCAGAAGUUCGCAUUGCUCAAAUAUAUAAUCUAUUAGCUAUGGCUCAUCAGCAAAAUUUUCUUUCUACAAUACUUGAAGCUGCUGCUGAAUCAGAUGAACAGAUGAUUGAGCGUGACGAAGAUGCUCAUCAUGUUCUUCGACAUCAAGAACACAUUCCAUCAUCCGUGGUGUCUGCACUCGUUUCGCCACUCCCCGUUUAUUCUAUUCAUUCAGAUAUCUCAACUAGUACGACGUCUUCCACAGCUCCACAAACCGUCAAUACAAGCUGCAAAAGAAAACAUAGAAGAAAGAAGAAAGAUAAAAAAGAGGGCAUUUCAUCUGAUCUUACUGAAGGUAUUGAAGAAUCUGUUUCGUUAGAACAAAACGAAAAGUCCGUCGACGAAAUCGAUUCGCGUUCAACGAUAUUUUCUGCCGAAACAAAAGAAAGUAGCCAUAUUCAUGAACGAAUUGUACCAUCUCAUCGCGCUUGGUAUUCAACACAAUAUAAGAUCGCUGACACCGAGUCUGAACGUUUACUCUUUACUCAACCAGCUUCCAAUACUGACCAAACAGGCAAAAUCGAAAUUGAACAGAAACUUCAAGUUCUAUACGAUGAUUAUCCAUGGUAUUCAAGUUAUUACACGAUUGUCGAUGCCGAAACAAAAUUGGCACAACUUCACAGUCUGCUCGAUUUUUCCAGGAAACAAUCUACUCUUUCAACAUCUGUUCAACAUCAAAAUCAAGAAACAAAGACAAAACACGAAGAUAUCGUCCAAAUUGCUGAACUUCAUGAACGCAUCCAUUCAUCCAUAACACAGAUCAAUGUACCAUCACCACCGCCGUCUAUAUCCACAAUUGAAAUAUCCAGCAGUUCCAACGUUGAUUCUGCGCCAGUUGUAGUACAUGAACAUUCACAAGCUGCUACUCCUAUAUCAUCUGUUGCACUACAGCCAACUGGCGCAACUGUCAAGAAAAAGCACAGAAAGAAGAAGAAAGAGGAAUUAUCAUCUCAUAUAUCUGAGCCGACUUUAUCCAACGAUCACAAGCAAGAUGACUUGGCACAAGCGGAAGUACCCCUCAUCGAGUUACCUGAGAAACUUCCACAUAGCAACGAUGUGAUUUCAAACACGAUUUCAAGUGUUGAUCUACACCUUCGAUAUUCUCUACUACUUGAUCGACUUGAAACACUUAUCCAACCGUUCAUUGUGUCAUCACUCGAUGUCAUUGAAACUAAAAAAGAAACAGUAGAUUCAGCAGCACUUGAAAGUGAAGAAGUUGAACAAUAUUCAAUCGAUGAUACCUUCACAGCAUUUUCGCCUGCUACAUCGACAAAAUCAGUGUCCUAUUCUGAUAUCAAUGUCGAAUCCACUAUCUUACAUGAUCAUUCUACUCCUUUACAGGCUACUACUGCAACCAACAAGAAAAGACAUCGACGAAGAAAGAAAGCUAGAAAAGAGCCUGUUUUGUGCGAUACAACAGAGUCAACGACGACGGAUAUUAGUAUACAAGAUCAAGAAUAUCAUAGUAAUGUCGAGAUUGACUUCCUACCUGAACUCAAACAGAUUCUGGAGCCCGAAAUAAAAAGUGCAAAGUCAAAGAAGAAAUCGUCGAAGAAGAAGAAUGAAUUCAACGCAGAACAUGAUCGCAAAUCAGCACCAAUACCACCACCAGGACCGAUCCGAUUGUGUACUCGACCCAGUUUAACGAUAUCUACUAAAUCUACUGCAUCUAAACAAACAUCUGUACUAGUGGCUGAAGAAGAAGAUAACGAAGGAUUCCAAUUAGUUACGCAUCGCAAACGUUUACGUUCUGGCUCAAGCUGUGAAAAAAUAUCGCCACUAGCGAUCGAUACCUCAAAAUUAGCUCCCGCUCCGCGCAUUGAUGUGAAGAAGAUUGCAACCGUCUAUGAAGAUCAAAGUUUAUUAAUACCAUCGAAUACUGCCUAUAAAACUCCAAUAUCGCCCGAAAAAAUUGAAAAUAAACCAGUCUUCGAGGUCCAGUCUGCUGUACAAGAAGAAGCAUUAAAAUUACAAAAUAUCUUAGUUCCACCACCUGUGAUCACCAGUUUAGAAGAAGAUGAUGACGAUGGGUUUCAAGUUGUACGUCACCGCAGACGUAUGAAAUCAGCACCAGGAUCUGACAAAGCUCGCGUUCAUUCACUUACAAAAACAUCAUCCACCCAAACUUCGAAUUCUGAUGUCAGUGUCAAAUCAGUUACCAUCCAUGGACGUCCAACUUCUACCUCACGUUCGGUCCCGCGCACUCACAUCGUCCCUAUGUCACCUUCCAAAACAAUUCAACAUGAAACUAGACAAUCACUGUUAACAACCAAGAAGUUUCAACCGUCCACAUUGAACACUUGUGACACUAUUGUCGAAAAGCCCAUUGCAAAGGACAACGGUAGCAAUGCGUCCAAAGCAGCGCGGCAAUCCAAACCUAGACACUUACGAACGACUUUGACAAUAUUCAACAAAUCAAAUCUUGUGUCAACUACGGAUAAAAGUUCCACUGAAACUCUUGUAAAAGAGGAUGACAUACCACAGAGUACGGCGAAAACGUCAUCAACAACGCCGAAUGAUACCGACUCAAUUCCUCUAACGGCAGAAGAUCCUUCAUCUCAAAGCCAUCUACCGUCGGUCUCCGACGAAACAUCAUCAACAGCCAAUAGUUACGAAAUAAUUGCGACUCCGCAUAUCGAACCCGUGCAGGAUGCAGAUGAAUCUCCGGUUUUAUUGCAGACGGACAAAUCCUCUACAUCAUUGAUAAUUGUCCUUAAGGAGUCAACUGGAUCAUCUGAUGAAAAUUCCAUCAAAGACAAGCUUCCUCACACGCCAAAAUCAGUUGAAUUCGUGGACUCCUCUUCGCCACUCAAUGAAAUCCCCACUACGAAAGUGGAGAUUCCCAUUGAACCCAUACAAGAAAUUCGACUAUUAACGACAACAACUCACGUCGAAGACAAACAAAUAACGACUGUGUCAAGUAAGAGAAAGUCUAAAUCACGAAAGAAGAAGAUCUCAAUAAAAACCAAGGAAGAUGAUGAAGACACAUCCACUUCGUCCACAACAACAACAUCUAUUUCCGGCCAUAUUACCCACAUAAAUCUCGAUUCUCCACAAACGCUAUCAAAACCAAAUUUCAGUGCCAAUGAUAAACUCGAUCUCUUCCUCCCGGACUACAUUCGUGAAAAACUCAAUAGCAGUGAAACAUAUUCAUCGUCAUCCGUGCACUCUCAGGACGAGCAUGACGUGACGUCAGCAGCAUCAUCAUUCGAGUUUAUUCCCGCACGAAAACCACGACCGAAAAUGUUGGCAAAAGAUCACGAAGCUAAAACUCUUCUGACCAACGAAUUCGAUUCUCCAUCAACUCCUCAAACACACACUGACCAUCAGGCAACGUCUACUGACGACGACGCCAAUGACAAUGAAAAUAUCCAUGAUGAAGACGAUGAAUUUAUUAUCCAAGUCAUCAAUUCAGAUGAGCAAGAAAAAACUCCGGUGCAAAACAUUGACAAUAUUCUAUCACGUGGAUUUUACCUUUGGCUACAAGAAGGUCAAGCAUUAUCACAACCAUCGGACAAAUCAACAUCAACAUCAUCGUCGUCGUCAAGUAAGUAUCAAUCAAAUCAUCUGCAACACAUUGUUAUACAACCCACUGAAACAGACGAAGAUGAAGAUUCAUGGCAUUCUAAUGAAAUCGUACGAUCGACUUACAUAACUGGUAAUCAACCUGAAAAGAAAAUCCAUAUGACUAGUGCAUAUGUCAUCAAUCAUCCUCAAUCGAAUUUAACCACGUCAUGGUACGAAAUUUCCGCUCAUAAUCGCCGAUCUCACGAUGAUCUUGCUCGAUUCGACUCUGAUGAUCAUGAUCUCAAUGAACGACAUCAAAACCGUUCUCAGCAAUCAAACACACGAGCUCAACAAUGCAAUUCGACCAAUGGUUAUCAUCACCAGCAAACGAUGGUCAUGUUAGAUGAAUUUCAAGAAUCUCUCCUUGAAGAUUUCUAUCGCCAGUCUACAAAAGAUUCAAAUCGUACAAUCCAUUUCGAUGACUGGGCACAUUUUUUCGAAAACGAAUUCGAAAUCGAAUUUACUUCACCUUUAGAAUGUUUCUAUACUCGACCAUACGACGAAGACACAUUGAUAUGUGAAGUCAUACCUAUGCAUCAUUCCAUUCGAGAUCACGAAUCACGUUAUGGAGACUUUUCAGAAAUAAACAAUGAUAUUAUUCUAACCGAACCAGCCGUACAGUAUGCUUCUCAAAAACUAAAACUAUCCGAUUGUUUUCAACGUUCGCGUAACCAGGAAUCCACGUCUGCAGUCUACGACAACGAUGAAAUCCUCAUAACACACUCACCGAACGGUCUUAGUCGACGAAUGAAUUCAUAA